GCACCCAAACCGGGCUGGGACGGGGAUGGCACGGCCAGGGGGGAAUUUUCCCGCUGUUUUCUUCCUCCUGCUGGUUGCUGUUCCCGAUUCCCGGGGGUUGGAAUGCAGGGAACACCAAUAUCCGUACCGGGAUAAAUGCUGCAGCGACUGUGCCCCGGGGGAGAGGAUGAGGAACCGCUGCACGGCCACGGCAGACACGGAGUGUAUCCCCUGCCAGGAUGAAUAUUUCAGCAGUGAGCACCACCACAGCUUCUGCAACAGCUGCACAGUCUGCAACACCAAGAGGGGGAGCGUGGAGGUGAAGAAGUGUGAGAAGACCUCGGACAGGGUGUGCGUGUGCCGGGCAGGGUUCAUGCCAGCUGGGCUGCCCCUGGGAAGUGUGUGUUCACCGUGUCCUGAGGGGACUUUCUCCCCAGGAAGGAACGAGAAGUGUCAGCCUUGGACCAACUGCAGCAGCCUUGGGAAAAGCAUGCUGAGAGCAGGGACAGAGGCCCAGGAUGCUGUUUGCAGCAGCCCUGUCCCCCUGCCAGAGGUCCCUGGGACUCCAAGCCCUGCCUGGAGUGUCCUGAGCACUUCCCCCCGGGAUACCAGGGAUAAGAACAGCUCCACUGCUGGGAUCUCCUUCCCCCCCAGACCUGGGGAAGGUCCUUCCAUCUGCCCGGAUCCCACCGACCCCACAGACACCAGCUGGGGCUCUCUCUCCCUCCUCCUGCUGUGUCUGAUCCUGCUCAUGGUGAGUGGAAUGUCCAUCCUGCUGCUCAUCGUCCAAGCAGCCAGAAAAGAGACCAAGGGGAGGCCUCGUGGAAGCAACAACCAGAAGGAUGGGAGCUGUCGAAUUCCUAUCCAGGAGGAACAGGUGGACUCCAAUUCCAGCCUCAUCAAGAACUGACUUCCCAUUCUUUGCUGUCUCCUGCAUUUCUGAGCCUGGGGGUUGUUCCAAGGGAUGAUGUGCCUGUUCUGGGACUCUGUGGGGCUGUUUGACUGUGGGGCUGUUUGACUGUGGAGCUGUUUGACUGUGGGACUGUUUGACUGUGGGGCUGUUUGACUGUGGGGCUGUUUGACUGUGGAGCUGUUUGACUGUGGGGCUGUUUGACUGUGGGGCUGUUGGACUGUGGGGCUGUUGGACUGUGGAGCUGUUGGACUGUGGGGCUGUUUGAUUGUGGGGCUGUUUGAUUGUGGGGCUGUUUGAUUG